AUGUCUGAAUCGGGUGAUAAAAACAACAUGGCGGACAAAACGAAGAAAUACGAUGAGAAAAAUGAAAUUUUAGAAGCUAAGUUACAACAAAAUGUGACCACUUUUCUUGAUGAAAAUCUUCUGGGUGAUUUUUCUAACGCCAGGAAAUGUCUAGAGCGUAUGAAAUUGCAACGAAGUGAAUUGGAAAAGCAGUUGACCACGAAAGAAACUGGAAGAGACAGUUUAGAAAAGGAGUCGUUUUGUGUUUCCCAGACUCUUGAAGAGGCGAAGAUGGUUUUGAAGAAUGUUGAUAGGAUCCAGUUAAGUCUUGAUGAACUGAAUGAAAAUGUUGAAAAACACAACAAUGAAGUUAAGGAUAUGACUGAGCAGUUAGAUGACAUGAAUGGCAGUGUCUUGGAAAUGGAGAAUUUUAUUUUAUACCUUAAUUGGAUUCAAAAGUUGAAGACUUGAGGUAGUGAUAAAAUUUACAAAGGCUUAGAGUCAGGAUCGUUAAGCGAGGCAAUAAAGGAACUGAAUGUUAUGAAAUCGAUGUUGACUGCAAUUAAUCAGACUUCUUGUCAUCAUUUUAAAACGUACGUGACGGAUAAUUUGAACCACUGGAAUGGAAUUAUCGCAGAAAGGCUUACGAGAGAAUUUGAAAGAGUUCUCAAGAUACUAAAAUGGCCAUUUACCUCCGGAUCAACAGCUCCACCUCUAGCAACAAACGCGGAUGUCUUUCAAACAUUUGAGAACAUCUUUCUAAUGCUGUUGCAAGUGUCCAAAUUAAAGGAAUUCGACGGCUGUAAUGUUUAUAAAGAAAGAGUCGCCCUCUCACUUCCAAUGGAAAUUUUAAUACGACCCUUGAAGAGGCGAUUUAACUAUCAUUUCUAUGGUAAACGUCAGACAAAUAAUCUUCAAAAGCCCGAAUGGUUUUAUACUCAAAUUCUGAACUGGCUUAGAGAUCACGUGGAUUUUAUCAACGUAACUAUCCAAGCAUUUAUUGAUAAAUCAGAGAUGGUCUCCUUUCCAUUGGUUGAGAUCCAGUUCAUAGAAGGUCUCCUACAGAUUGUUGUUGAGAAGAUGGACGAUUGCCUUCCAUCAUUGGUUGACAACGAAACUCUAUUCUCGCAUUUCGUGGAUGAAACGUUACUGUUUGACGAGGAGCUAAGAAAUACAUAUGACUUAUCUCAAGUGCAGUCGAGUUGUCUUGAUGUUUUGAUGAAGAAACAAUAUUUUGACAAAUGGGUGAUGCUAGAAAAAAAAUAUGCAAUGGAAAAUAUCCACUCGUUGCUUUCAUCGGAGAAAGCUUGGAGCCCGCGAUACGAGGAUGCUGCGGAUGUUGACGAACUAAAGGUUCCCGAGUGCGUCGAAACGUUUGUCUCGCUUUUAGUUGGUAUAACAGAUCGUUACAGAAAUCUUAAAUCUGAAGAGAAUCAGUUGUCGUUUUUGGACGUUCAGUUAGACUUGCUGUAUUAUGUUACUGCUAGCUUGGGCGAAAUAAAGAACGAAUCUGGUGGACCUUUGACUUCAUGUUUCAUUUUCAUUUUAAACAGCACCAACUAUCUCUCGACCAUAUUACAGGAUUGGUCUGAGCAAACUAUAUUCCUAAAGCUGUACUUGACAAAGAUGGAGUCGUCUAAUAAAAAGAACGAGCAAUUAGAAAAUGGCAUCGAUUUUACCGAUGGGAGCAACUUAGCUUCAAGCAUGGAUGAGUUUGGUUCCGGUACAUUAUUUGAAGGAACAUUGAAUCGAUUAAAAAUACUUCAAGAAGACAUGAUGUCAGCGUUAGUUCGACAUGUUUUGUCUGGUUUUAUCAGCAGAAGUCAUUCGUAUCAGAAGGAAAGUUGGCAUAAUUUACCGUCGCAGAAAGAACUUGCUAUUAAUAGUCUUUCCUCCUCACUCUGUGAUAUGAUCGUUUAUCUUCGACACAUGCUGAGUAAAAUGAAGGAGGAAUUAGUCGAUUGUCUUUUCGCUGUCUUUUGGAAAAAACUUGCACAAGAUUUGUCCGAUUUUUUCUUCAACGAGGUGAUUUUAAAAAACCAUUUUAACGAAGGAGGAGCCGCUCAACUAAAAUUCGACGUGCAUAAAAACCUGUUUGUCCUGUUUGGUCAGUUUACUGCAAAGCCGCGGAACUAUUUUCGAAAGUUAAAGGACGCGAUUGUCUUAUUGAAUCUGAUGCCAGGCUCGGCUGUUCUGUUAAAACAUACUGUGGACGAAAGUAGACGCGAGCAAAUGGAGAAUAAGUUGCGUGAGGCCUUGGACGAGAUAGGUGUUUAUACGUUGUCAUUAGAUGAAGUACUGAAUGUCCUUAGUUCAAGAAUAAACUGGAGCAAAUAAGUGCACAAAUGUGCAAAUUUGGAUCUUUUAUCGUACGCUUAGGUAGAGAGAAUUGGAAGUUUGUGUGAUUGGUCAAUGUUUGAGAACACAACACGCUAGUCGACCAAUUACAGUGAAGCAUACGUCCGGUUCAGGUGAGGUGAAUGGCGAGAUGAAUCCAUCCAAUGAAAUUAGUUUGCGAUAAAAUUUGCUGAAGAACUUUGAAGUUAACAAAAUUUAUUUUGGUGUUCGAAGUGAAAACUACUCGAAGAACAAUUUUAACUAUUUGACGAGGUCUUCAAUGCAUUUACUGACAACUGGACAUUCCUGAAGACUUUUCAAAGCAGAUUGUACAUUAAAACCUUUUGCAAUCAGUAUAGCCAACGGAAUGACAUUUGUCAGUCCAGUUGCUCUAGUCACGUGAUCAGAAACUUUCCUUGAUAUUGGUUGUUCUAGCGGAAGUACGUCAUCUCUGUAGAUGGACUUCAAUAAACAUUUUUCAGCUUCAUCUCUGCUCAUGUUGAAAAACUGUUGGAGAAUUCUGAUGCCUCUAUCAAAGAGCUUUCUGUUUGUGAGUUUCAAGUCGAUCAUGCAGUUCCUAUAAACCUUUCCCUUACAAAUAUGCGCUCCAGUUGAGACCGCGUUCAGUAUCCACUUCAUAGCUAGCUCCGUAUGACACUCGCGAAGCAAUCGUGACAAAUCGUUACCCACUUCAUGAUCAUUAAUUGUUGGAAAAUCAAUAAUAAUUGUUAGCAAAUUG